CACAAUAAAGUUUAGCGCUGGACGCUCGCAGGCAGUAGGCUCCGAGCUCCCCGCUGCUUGUCGCAUGUGGACGCAACGUGAAACAAGGCACAGCGGACACGCAUUGGAAUAUAACAUCCAGUGACGUUAAAAGUGAACGAGUGAUUUUUUUUUCCCUCUGACUGCUGUUUGGACCUGAUAUUAACUACAUGGCGCGGAGUGGAAUAUUAUAGUCAUACCAGCGCACGGACUUUACGCACAGUGUGGACUACACACUCAGCAUUGCCUUAACGUAAACUGUAUUUUACUUGGACUUUUAUUUAAUAGGCUACUAAUAUUGUGUUGUGGUGACCAUGCCCGGGCUAGCGCUCAUGCGUGCAGCCGUCCUCUCCGUCUUGUCUGCGCUGCUGUGUCCGCUCGGCGUGGUGCAGGGUUAUGGAGACGAUGUAGAGGAGAUGACCUGUGAUCCCAUCAGGAUCAGCAUGUGCCAGGGUCUGGGCUAUAACGUCACCAAGAUGCCCAACUUGGUCGGCAACGUUCUGCAGUCGGACGCUGAACUGCAGUUGACCACGUUUACACCGCUGAUCCAGUACGGCUGCUCGAGUCAACUCAAGUUCUUCCUGUGCUCCGUCUAUGUGCCCAUGUGCACAGACAAAGUGCCCAUCCCCAUUGGUCCAUGUAAAAGCAUGUGUCUGUCUGUGAAGAGGAAGUGUCUUCCAGUUCUGAAUGAGUUUGGCUUCAUUUGGCCAGAGAUGCUGAACUGUAGCCUGUUCCCGCCUCAGAACGACCACAACCACAUGUGUAUGGAGGGCCCGGGCGAUGAGGACUCGCCCUACCACCCUGUGCGCCACCCGCCUCAUGAGGAGGAGUGCCAGACACUGGGGUCACUGCCCGACCAAUACAUCUGGCUCAAGCAGACAGACAGCUGUGCUCUGCAGUGUGGCUACGACAGCGGCCUGUAUCGCAGAGGGGCCAAAGUCUUCACUGACGCCUGGAUGGCAGUAUGGGCGGUGCUCUGCUUCCUCUCAACUACCCUGACCGUCUUAACAUUUCUCCUGGACUCGCAACGAUUCUCCUACCCGGAAAGGCCAAUCAUCUUCCUGUCCAUGUGUUGCAACCUCUACAGCGUGGCUUACUUGGUACGCCUGACACUGGGAAGGGAGCGUGUCUCCUGUGACCUAGAUGCCACAACUGUUCCCAUACUGGUGCAAGAAGGCCUGAAGAGCACUGGUUGUGCCAUAGUCUUCCUCCUCCUCUACUUCUUUGGGAUGGCGUCCUCAUUGUGGUGGGUUAUUUUGACCCUGACAUGGUUUUUGGCAGCUGGACUCAAGUGGGGACAUGAAGCAAUUGAAAUGCACAGUUCCUAUUUCCAUAUUGCAGCCUGGGCCAUUCCUGCUGUUAAAACCAUAGUGAUCCUCAUAAUGCGACUGGUAGAUGCAGACGACCUCACUGGACUCUGUUAUGUGGGAAACAUGCAACAGGAGGCACUCACUGGAUUUGUUGUUGCACCACUGGCUACCUAUCUUCUCAUUGGAACAUUGUUUAUCUGUGCUGGCCUGGUAGCCCUCUUUAAGAUCCGAUCCAAUCUGCAAAAGGACGGUGCCAAGACAGACAAGCUGGAGAGGCUGAUGGUGAAGAUUGGGGUCUUUUCUGUGCUCUACACAGUCCCAGCCUCCACUGUGAUUGGCUGUUACCUCUACCAGCUCUCCAACUGGGCAGAGUUCAGUUCCACCCCCAGAGACUCAUACAUAGCUUCAGAGAUGCUACGGAUUUUCAUGUCACUUCUAGUUGGGAUCACAUCAGGUAUGUGGAUCUGGUCAGCAAAGACUCUGCACACCUGGCAGCGCUGCUCUGCCCGUCUGCUCAGGGACAGCCGAGCCAGCAGAGGGGGCAAGAGAGCGCCAGGUGAGGGCUGGAUUAAACCCGCCAAAGGAAACGAGACAGUGGUAUGAAACGGUACUGAAUGAAGAGGAGUUUUGAACCAGCUUCAGUGUUGCCAACAGACCCUGGAGAUGCCAAAAGACUCAUGUGCAAAUGCAAUAAGGAGAUGGCAGGGGUUUCUAAGCCACUGGAUGUUACUGCAUCAGCAGUGUAUGCGCAGACCCGCUGACAGAGGUCUGCAGGUUCACUGAAGGGCACCAAGCCUCUUCACCUGACCUAUGGUCAGAGAGAGGAACAAAGGAAAGAGUGCCACAGAAGGGCUGAACAGGAAGUAUGAGCAGAGACAGCUGUGUGCUGUAGCCCCAUGUCUACCUCCACAGCCGAACACAGGCCCAGUCCGGGUCGUCUGAAGUUUCACUUUUACACUGGAGGAUUCUUGUGCAGGUAUUAUACAGGAUGACAUUUCCCAAAACCAUCUGUCAUAAACUCCCAGUUGGCCUUCAAGUGCAAGGGAAAGUCAACUGUAAAAAAUGUGUAAACUUUGCAGCAGUGCGAUGAAGCAAAUUUGAGCAGAAUUCCCUGAUGAAGGAGCCAAAUGUCACUAUCUCAGAAACCAAAAACCACAAGCUUUUCAAUGUCUUGGGUAUGUGCAUUAUGCAUGCACUAGUGAUAUAUGUGACCCUAAGGAGAGUAGUCCAGCUGUGCCUUUUAUUGAGCUAUAAAUGUGAAAGCUUUAGGGCAUCUGGGAAAUGUAGGUUUGUGCUUUUUACCUUAGCGGACUCAGAGAAUGUCUGUUAACUUCCAGCACUGAGUGCACUCACCGAGCAGCCUUGUACUGUAUAUACAGUGUGUAACCAUGAAAUCCAGGAAAUGAAAUUAUUCCCUCUGCCCUCUUUUCAAAACACAGGCCCCAAGGCCAGCGAAGAAUUAGAGGUUAUUAGACAAUCACUGGCCAAAAGACAUUACCGUAUAGUAUGAAGCACUACACACAAUAUAUUGGCUCAAAACAGAAAUGACCAGACAGGUCAAACUAAAUACUCUGCAGUUCAAUCAUAUACAGUUUGUAUAAUCCUCCAAUCCUGCAUCAUGUUUCUGUUCAUAGACAAUCAAGUCCCUACUAUUGAUCCGACCACACUAAACCAUGCAAUGUUGUCCUGUGUAAAGGAAGUUUGCCUGACAAUCUGAAGUAGUAUAAUAAUAAACUCUUUGAAUGUAAAGUAGAACAGUACAGAAGGGCUGCUAGCGCAUUUUGUAGACACUCAUAUGUAGGUUUUCUUAUGAGACAACUGUUUUCUACAUGACUGGAUUGUCUACAAAAGGAUGAGUGAAUUGUGCGCUUGUUUCUGGACAAGCCAAACAGCAGUGUUUCUCAGACUAGUAUGGCACACUUAUUACAUUACCAAUGUCAAACAAACAUUACGUUGAGUUAAAGAGAAUUGAAUUAGAGCGCUGACCAAAUCCCAAAUGAGCUAAUGCAGUUUGCCUUUUAAACAGUCUUAAUGCUUGGCCCCAUUCACUACUGAGGUUCAAGUGACAUGUCUAAACAAUCAAAGUUGUGCCUUCAAAUACUCAACAUUACACUGCCUAUAUAUGAUGAGAACCACUG